AUGGCGCCCCAAACGAAGAUUGACCGGUCCUUCGGCGCCUUGACGCCCGCGCUGUCUGAAUGGAUCCUCGAAGCUGUGGAUGCUAUGGGUUUUGUGAAGACCACGCCGGUGCAGCACGCUGCUAUUCCCAUGUUCAUGAAGAACUCUGAUGUUGUUGUCGAAGCAGUCACAGGAAGUGGAAAAACUCUUGCCUUUCUGAUCCCGAUUGUUGAGCGCCUGCUUCGACUCGAUGCGCCCAUCAAGAAGCAUCACGUGGGUGCCAUAAUCAUAUCGCCAACAAGAGAAUUAGCAACACAAAUUCACACUGUGUUGUGCUCACUACUCAAGUUUCAUGCACCAUCAGCUGCAGCACUGGAACGGGAGGAUGACGACAGCGACAUGGAAGACGCAGACGCGCCACCAAAACCAACGUUCCCUGCCGGUACCCUGAAGGUGGUACCCCAGCUACUACUCGGCGGUUCAAUCACACCAGCCCAUGAUCUGAGUGCUUUUCUCAAGAAGCAGACUAACGUACUUAUUGGCACACCUGGUCGACUACUCGAGUUACUGUCCUCUCGACACGUCCACUGCUCGUCGUCUUUUGAUGCCCUUGUCCUAGACGAAGCCGACCGACUUCUUGACCUAGGCUUCAAAGAUGAUCUACAGAAGAUCCUUUCACGACUGCCGAAGCAACGGCGAACAGGGCUGUUCAGCGCCAGUGUCAGUGAAGCUGUUGACCAACUCAUUCGUGUAGGCCUGCGUAACCCGGUCCGCAUCGCUGUCAAGGUAAAAGCCAGGGCAGCCAAGAAUGGUCAGAUUGAAGAUAAGCGGACACCUGCAAGCUUACAGAUGUCUUAUCUUGCAGUACCUCCUUCGCACAAGCUGCCAGCCAUCAAGCAAAUAUUAGAAUCAGUACAACCACAACCUCAAAAGACGAUAUUCUACUUGGCAACGUGCUUUGCCGUCGACUACUUCCAGCAUGUACUACCCGAAGUACUCAAGGGUCACACUAUCGUUCCCCUCCACGGGAAGCAUCCUGACAAGGUGCGACGAAAGAACUUUACCAAAUUUGUGGACAGCGUUACGCCAUCGAUUCUGCUCACCACUGAUGUGGCCGCUCGUGGACUGGAUAUCCCUUCAGUAGACCUUGUCUUACAACUUGAUCCACCUAGCGACCCGAAAACCUUCAUUCAUCGAUGCGGACGUGCUGGCCGAGCUGGAAGAAAGGGUCUCGCGGUCACUUUCCUUACCCCGGGCCUGGAAGAGGACUAUGUUGAGUUCUUACGUGUGCGACAAACCCCCGUGACCCCACUUACAAGUCCAAGUAUUACUGUCACGUCAGAAGAUAUCGAACGAAUCACCAAUGCAAUCAGGAAGGUAGCUCAGACCGAUCGAGCUAUCUACGACAAGGCUCAGCGUGGCUUUGUCUCCUGGGUUCGUGCUUAUAGCAAGCACACAGCUAGCUCUAUCUUCCGUGUUGAAGAUCUGGACUGGACCGAACUUGGAAACGCCUGGGGACUGCUUCGUCUUCCUCGUAUGCCUGAAACAAAGAAAUGGGAGGGCGACAAGUCACUCGGUGUUACAAUGGACUUCGACACGUUCGCGUACAAGGAUAAGGUGCGUGAGCAGCAACGUCAGACGGAGCUUACGGAGGCCGCAGCUCAAGGUGGCACUGGCAAGAAGUUCAUCAAGGAGAACAAGAUUGCAAAUGCCUGGACGCAGCAGAAGGAGCACAAGGCCACGAAAGAGCUCAGGCGCGAGAAGAAGGUGGCGAAGCGCGAACACGAUCGCCAGGCAAAGAUGACGGACGAGGAGCGUAAGAAAGAGGAAGAGCUUAACAACAUGAUUGCACAAAUGCGGAAGAAGGUGAAGCAGACAGAAGCUGCUGAGGAGGAGGAUGAGUUCGAAGGAUUCGAUGACUGA